AUGAUGACCACACGGAUCAGUCCGGGGUCCUUCACAUUCGAUCCCCGACCCCGCAACUGUCGUGAUUGUUUCUUCCUAGCUCUUGGUCAAGGCCGAGUUCACAACGACAGCUUAAGCACCAUCGGUCUACCUAGUCUUCCAGCUCUCAACUUUUUGCCGCAUCCCAAUGCGCCCAUUAGCAAGGGGCGAGCUCUUCGCAAGCCAACGUUCUAUUUCUUGGGUUCUAGGCUGCAGCCGCUGCUUGCCGAGCCGUAG